AUGGCAGAGGGACAGCUUGCUUAUUAUGGUGGGGCAGAACCAUUCAAAAGCGAUGUAUACUCGGUAAGCGACGGUGCUCCCGGCUUGCAAGCGUUCAACUUAGGGUUGAAUCAUCACGACAUGGUGAUUGUUGUUUUUGGGAAGGGAGGAGAUAGAACUCAAGUGCUGCACCUACAAAAUAUCCGCGAGGAUACGCUUUCUGAGGCCGGGACCGCCAUAAAACAAUUCCUGGACAACUUCGGAUCAUUAGGUGAUGGUGUCUUUGUUCAGAACACCGUCUUCCAAGAUUAUGGUUCGGUCUACGAUGAGCUGGAUAGGAUUGUUCUUGAUAUUGACUUUGGGGUCGAUAACGUGGAGAAGGAUUUAAUCAAUAUAGAAAACGACAGCUCCAACUAUCCGAAGAUAGUCAAUGGCACGACGGCCGGGAAAUACAACCCGGUUUGUGAGUUGUUUGAUGCUUGCAACGAAUUUCGGGACCGGCUCGGUUCAAUCAUGGAGAAAGCAUCUGGUCAAGCUUACCCUGAGAAAUUCGGGGAGAUAUGGAUUACGGGCUCCUACCCACCCCACCAGUGUCUCCUAACUUAUCUUGAAGAGCAGAGCGAAGGUCGGGACCUCAAGUUCUAUUGGGAGACGCAUGGGAACAAUAGCUCCAGUGGACAGCGAACAUUCUAUGACGAUCUAGAGUGGGUGCAAUGCCUAAAGGAAGAGGUAGAAUAG